CGCCGGCCCGUCAGCUUCUGGAAGGAAGCCGCCAUGGAGUCAUACGAUGUGAUUGCAAACCAGCCCGUAGUGAUUGACAAUGGGUCUGGAGUCAUCAAAGCUGGUUUUGCAGGGGACCAAAUCCCAAAGUAUUGCUUUCCAAACUAUGUGGGAAGGCCCAAACAUAUCCGAGUCAUGGCUGGUGCCCUGGAGGGAGAUUUGUUUAUCGGACCAAAGGCAGAGGAGCACAGGGGCCUUCUCUCAAUCCGUUACCCCAUGGAGCAUGGAAUAGUAAAGGACUGGAAUGACAUGGAACGUAUCUGGCAAUAUGUCUAUUCAAAAGACCAGCUGCAGACAUUCUCUGAGGAGCAUCCUGUGCUACUGACAGAAGCUCCUUUGAACCCCCGUAAAAAUCGCGAAAGAGCAGCAGAAGUUUUCUUUGAAACAUUUAAUGUUCCGGCACUGUUUAUCUCCAUGCAGGCUGUGCUGAGUCUCUACGCAACAGGGAGGACAACAGGGGUUGUUCUGGACUCUGGAGAUGGCGUGACUCAUGCAGUUCCCAUUUAUGAAGGAUUUGCCAUGCCUCAUUCAAUCAUGAGGAUCGACAUUGCAGGCAGAGAUGUUUCCCGUUUCCUGCGUCUUUACCUCCGGAAAGAAGGCUAUGAUUUCCACACCUCAGCGGAAUUUGAAAUUGUGAAAACCAUCAAGGAGCGAGCAUGUUACUUGUCAAUAAAUCCCCAGAAAGAUGAGACACUGGAAACUGAAAAGGCUCAAUACUACUUACCCGAUGGCAGCACUAUUGAGAUUGGCCCAGCCCGAUUCAGAGCCCCAGAAUUGCUUUUCCGACCAGAUCUGAUAGGGGAGGAGUGUGAGGGAAUCCACGAGGUGUUAGUAUUUGCCAUUCAGAAAUCGGACAUGGACCUGAGGCGAACGCUGUUUUCCAACAUAGUAUUAUCUGGCGGAUCCACACUUUUUAAAGGUUUUGGAGACAGACUUUUAAGUGAAGUGAAAAAAUUAGCACCAAAAGAUGUCAAAAUAAGAAUAUCAGCUCCUCAGGAGAGAUUAUAUUCCACUUGGAUUGGUGGUUCUAUUUUGGCAUCACUGGAUACCUUUAAGAAAAUGUGGGUGUCAAAGAAGGAAUAUGAAGAAGACGGAGCCAGGGCGAUCCAUAGGAAAACCUUCUAACGUCCCGAAAGACCCAGUCUCUUUAUCUGUCCACUAAGUUUAAAACUCGCUUUCCAGAGUAUGAGAGUGUCCACGGGAGAUGACUGUGGUGGGUGGGUGUGUAUGUAUGUGUCUGUAUGCGCUCUCCAGCAUGCCAAGAAAUGGUCUCAUGAGGGGGAAAAGAUCUGAUAUUUAUAAAGGCCAGCAGAGAUCCAAGGAGAAGAAAGCCUUUAUUCCAUUCCUAUUUAUGUUUAUUAUGUUGCUGCAGGGUUUGUACUCUGCCUGUUGCAUAUUGGCGCAGCAGGGUGACAUACCUGUAAGCUAGAACAUGAAGGAUCCCACUGUAGUCAGAGUAUGCACAGUGGCUCGAGCCAUGGUCACUUGCUGACCUGCACUUAAAUCGCCUUCCUGGCUUCUAGAUAAUUAACAUUGACUUGAGUCUACAAAGCAAAAUUGUCCUGCCCAACUGGUUUGAGAAACACAAUUUUAGGAAAUAUUUCUACUGCAUGAUAAUAAAUGAACGGAACAGUUCAAUACUUAAAA